AAAGCAAUUAAAACAUUGUCACAUAAUAAAUGGACAAAUAUCCAAGGUCAUCACAACACCUAGGACCAUGGAAUAUAUUCAGCAAGCAAAAAAAAUGGGUAAAGGAAAAAAAUAUUCAAGCAUGGUCAUUUUCAUUUUGGGUUUCAACAUGUCUCCAUCAACAAAAAUUAUUAUUUCAAUUUUUAUCAUAGUUUCCCUUGGCCAUUCGAUCAAAUCAAUGUCGAUUGGUUAUUCGGAAACUAAAACUAUCAAUUAUGCAUCAUCGACAACGAAAGAUCCUGAAAUUCAAAUGAGUAAUGAAACAAUUCGGAAAAUCUUUGAAACAGCUGAACAAGUUACAAAUGCAACCGAAACUGAUUCUGUUUUGAUGCAAUUACAGCCAAUUAUCACUACUAAAACUGCCAAAAUGUCAAGAUCAACAAACGAUAAUAAUAAUAAUAAUUUAAAAAAUAUAAUGCUUUUGGUUGUUAAAAAACCCGAAAGUUCAAACCGAUCAAACAUAAUGGAACAAUUUAAUGCAUAUUAUAUUCAUACAGCUAAAGCAUCAGAUGUUACUGAUGGAAUUUUCACUGUUAUUUGGAAUUUAUUGAUUGAUUCAACAAGAGAAUUUGUUGUUAAUCGAAUUCGUUCAAUGUUACAACAUGGUAUGCAAAUGUUUAAACCAUCAUCAUCUGCAUCUGCAUCUGCUUCUGCAUCAGGUCGUACUGUUGGUGUUCCUUCAUUAAUUUUUCGACAACAAAGUGAAAUUAACAACAACGAAAACAACAACAACAAUGAUCAAGAACCUAAAGUUGUACUUUUGAUACCAGAACCAUUUCAUUUGCCUGAUGUUAUUCAAUUUGACGCAAUAAAAAAUGUGGAUUCUUCAGUGGAAAUGGAAAAAUCCAAUUCAAAUAUCGAUAAUACCGAACAGCAGCAGCCAUCAUCAUCAAAUAAAGAAGAAGCGGAAGAAAUUGAAGAUAAUUUGGUUAUUAAAACAAUUUCAAAAAAUCCAUUAAGUCCAACAUCAUUAGCACCAUUACGAUAUAUGGUACGACCGGUUGGUGCAUUCACUGGUUUAAGUGUUAAUGCUGCGGAUAAAACAUCCACCUCAGUGGGUACGAUGAUAACAAAUACGGGACUUCAUUUCAGUCUCCUUGGGCCUAGCGGUACUGAUUCGACAAAAACCAAAACAACCGAUUCUUGGCGAAAUUAUUUUCGUGCAUUAGGAUAUGGUAUUCUUAUUGCAAAAUUUUUAGGAUGAAUUUUUUUUAAUUUCCCGCAAAUUUCCCAAAAAAACUACACAUCUGCCAUCUAUUGAUGGAAAAUUGAAUUUUUGAUAUUUUGAAAAAUUUUUCUUCCCAAAAAAACACCCAAA